CUGGUCGGUUCAUUCCGGAAACAUGUUUGAUUGUCGGUGCGAGAGGGAGAAGAAGAAGGAGAAGGAGGGUUUAUCGCCUCCGACGUGGAAGUCGAAGAAGAAGAAGGAAAAUGAUGGUUUAUUUCCUCCACGGAAUCUGAGCUUCCCGCCGGCGUACCUGAACGAGCCGCCGAUUCCUCGAGGGCGGCGAUUCUCCUUCUGAAACUAAAUCGUUGAGAACCCGCUGCUAGCGACGGCGAAUAGCUUGUCUGUGUCUGAUUUCUUCUCUUUCAGGACUUCGUUAAUGAGUCUCUUGCUCCCCAGAUGAUGAUCUCCCAGAGUUUCUGCGGUACUACUAUCGGCCGACGGCGGAGGAAUGCCAGAGGAGUCCGUCACCGCAAGUUGCUCCCGGGUCGUCGUGAUUGUGGGGGAUGGAGAUGGGUGGUCGCCAUGUGGUAUCAGGUGAAAUUUUUUAAUUUUUUUAAUAGUUAAAAAUGAGUUGGAAAAUUGAAAAUUAUUUUUUAUUUAAUUUUCAUGUCACACAUUUAUGAUUUAACUGUCAACUUUUACAGUUGACUGCCCCGUAAGCAAAAAUUAAUAGAAUUAGACAGAGAGUAGGGCUGGUAAUCGGUCGGUAUCUGGUAUACCGGAUACCGAUUAUCUGGUAUUCGGUAUACCGGAACUAGACAGUGUACCCACCGAAUACCGAUACCGAAUGUAACCGGUAUACCGAAUACCGAAUAGUCGGUAUCCGGUAUUAAUACCGGUAUACCGAAUACCGGUUAGAUGCUACUAUGCUGCUGCCUGCUGGUGAAGAGAAGAGAAGAGGGAGGAAGACAGGGGCUCUGCCGUCUUCUCAAUUACUUCAGUAGCUCGCCCUUGUCGUUUCCAAUUCUCGAGAAUGGCGGUCAUAGUGUUCAACGACCCUUCCUCCGGCGGACUGCUCCCCACUCCAACGUCGACAUCGAUGGUGUUCAAACCUUCCUGCGGCGGACUGCUCCCCACUCCACCGCCAUCGAAGCGCCUCCCACUACCGCUACAUCCCCAACUUCCUUGUAGUUACACCACUCCCAUCUGCAGCUGCGGCGGCGGCCAUAACCGGAAAUCAUGCAGUCAGAAAAGCUUCAGCUAGGGGAGCUCUCUCACAUCGUUGACUUCAAUAAGCGGCGGCCGGCGGCUGCUGCCUGUUGAAGAGAAGAGGAAGACGAGGUGUGGAUCUCGGCUGCUGGGUCUCGCCUUUCGGGAUGGAGAGAAGGGAAGAGGAGGCUGCUGGAGGCGGGGCGGCGGGGAGCGCUGCUGGGCCGGCGGGGCGGACUGCUGGCGGCUGCUUAGAGGAAGACGAGAGGGAGGGAGGCUGCUGGGUCUCCAAUUUUUUAGGGUUGCACCGCAUUUUACUUUUUUUUUAUAAUAGGUAUUAUCGGUAUACCGGUAUACCGUCGGUAAAUACCGACUCUUAUCCGGUAUUACCGAAUGUAAAAUCACACGCCCGAAUACCGAUACCAAAUACCGUCGGUAUCCGGUAUACCGGAUACCGGUUUACCGAUUACCACCCCUAACAGAGAGUGACCAAACUUGAAGUAUUUCACUAAUUGUAGUGACAACGAAUGGAAUUAAAUAUUCUUAGUGACCAAACAUAAACAUUUUUAGUAAUCUCAGUGACCAACCUUGCAAUUUACCCAAAUAUUUUAUUUAAUGAGAAAUCAUCGUGUUUUUUUACUGUUUUUUACUACUGUUUCAUAUUGGUGAUCUCCGAUCUAUUUUUGUUCAAUAACGGUUGAAAGAAAUUAUACUGGCCGAUAUACCAUUGGUAUGACAAGUGUGUUGUGCGUACAUGUAAAUUUGAGCAACUAAAAUUGAUGUAGAUGAAUAAUGCAAGUAGGGAUGGGCAUGCAGGGUGGUGACCCGUGGAUGUAACCUGAUACACCGGUAAAAUAACCCAAUCCGCGUAAUGUUGGUGGGUUGAUGGGCGGGUGAUAGAUAGGCUAAGUGGCAACCCGCAUGGGACGGAUGGUUGACGGGCAGGUGCACGGGCACCCGUAAACUCGAUCCCCCAUCGUAUAGCAGUUACCCAAGUAGGUCACCUACCUCUCUUCAUCUUCAUCGGAUCCCGUCGCUCAAGUUAUUUGCCUGAAGAUUUUUUGGAAAAAAUCUCAAAGUACACAUGUUCUUAAAAAAAAUUCCCAAAAUACAUAAGUUAUAAAAAAAUUUCCAAAACUACACAUGUUUGGUAUUCACUGUUUUUGACAAACCCAGUGAAGGCUAUCACUAGGGAUGGCAACAAAACCCGAACCCACGGGUACCCACCCGACCCAACCCGUGUUGACGGGUUUUGGGCCGGAUUUGGGUUUAAACCCGCUACACUAUUCACUGGGUCGGGUUGGGUUUAGGUAAACCCGCCCCAUGGGUACCCGCCCACACACAUAUAAUUACUUUCCCGGUAUAUUUAAUAUUCUAAAUAAUAUAUCUUCCUUAAACAACUAAUAUUCUAUAUAUUUGUGGAGAGUGGAGACAUAUAUAAUUUGUUCUUUCUAAUUAUUUAGAAUGAAGUUGAUAUUAUGAAGUGGAGAGUGAAGAAACUUAGUUGACGAGGAAGAAGUUUUCAAUUAAUCUUAUUGUUUAUAUAUGUUUAUCUUUAAUUUUGAACAAUUUGUAUUGAUCAUUUGCGAUUUGUUUGUAUGCUCUAGAUUAGUGUUUUUUGUAUGAUUAAUUUGUAUGAGAAAAUUGAUGUUAAACUUUUAUUUUGAAAGAAACUUGUUAUUGUAAAUUUUUACCACAAAAAUCCACGGGUACCCAUGAACCCGCGGAUACCUAGCGAGUUGGAUUGGGUUUGAGUUUUUCAAACCCAACGGAUUUUACCCCGGGUUUUUUUGGCGGAUAAACUCAUGGGUUUGGGUUUGGGUUUUACAAAACCCGCCCCAACCCGACCCAUUGCCAUUCCGAGCUAUCAUCGCGUUUUAAAAGAACGGUGAAUAAUUCACCGUUUAAGCCUAAAACGAUGAAGUAUUCACCGUUUUACUUUAAAACGGUGAACCAAUCACCGCCUUAAACUAAAACGGUGAAUAUAUCACCGUUUUAGGGCAAAACAGUGAAUACCUUCACCGUUCUAGGUUAAAAUGGUGAGUAUUAGGCACGUUUUCAACCCCUGUUAGGUGAAAAUUAGGUAUGAGCUACCUAAUGUUCACCGUCUGAGACAAACGCGGUGAUGGUUUGACCAAAACGGUGAAUAUUAGGCAGAUUUUAGUAUAAAUACCAGCCCACCAGCACUUACAGAAACACAACCACUCCCCCCUCUUCAAAUUUCAGCAACCAAAACCGAGCAUAAUACACAGGCGGGGAAUUUUCGGUAUGAUUUAUUUUCCGUAUUAUAGGUUAAUGAUGGGUUUUUAGUAGUUAUAGUAUGAUUUAAUUUUCGUAUUAUAGCGUAAUUAUGUUUUUAGUAGUUAUAUUGUUAUGUUAUUAUGAAUUACUUAUCGUAGCAAUUGUAGUACUUAAUUUUUGAAUUUAUGUUGUUGUUAGUUAGUUGAAUUUAUGUUACGUUAGUUAUGAGAUGGAGUAAUAUUAGUCGUACAAUAAUGUUUUUAGUAGUUAUAUUGUUAUGUUAUAAUGAAUUACUUAUCGUAGCAAUUGUAGUACUUAAUUUUUGAAUUUAUGUUGUUGUUAAUUUUUGAAUUUUUGAAUUGGCAGUCUCUUUUUAUAAAGGAUUGCUUGGUCAUUCUGAUCCUGCUGUGCAGAGGUAUCCUGACUCUUUAUUUCUGGAGCUAGUGAAAAUGAAGCUCACUGAUGAGGAUCAUGAGGUUUUAAAAACCCAGAUUACUAGAGAGGAAAUCAAGAAGGUCUUCAAAUCUAUGGGAAAGGAUAAAGCCCCUGGCCUAUAUGGCUACAAAACUGAAUUUUUCACUGCUGAUUGGGAUAUUCUGGGUACAUAUGUGGAAAAUACAGUUCUAGAAUUCUUAUCAACGUGGAGUAUGCCACGACAGGAUGAGAAGGAUUUUAUUUCAAGAACAACAGUGUUUCCUCUUGACACUCUUCCUGUCAAGUGUCUAGGGGUUCCCUUAUUAACAGGGAAGCUGAGCUCUCAUGACUGUCAGGUGUUAGUAGACAAGAUAACAGCAAGGGUAUUACGGCUGAUUGAGAAAAUCUGUAAUGAUUUUCUCUGAAACGUGGGAGAAGGGGGUUCAAGGAAGAGGGCUCCAAUAGCAUGGGAUUAUGUGGCCUUGCCAACAAAGGAAGGUGGGCUAGGGGUUCGUGAUUUUAAAACCUAGAACCAGGCUUGUGUCAUUCAACAUCUCUGUAAUCUAUUAGCAAAGGUAGGCUCUAUAUGGUUUGCCUGGAUUUAUAAAUACAGGGUCAAGCAGCGAAAUAUCUGGGAUAUUCAGCUUAUUGCUAGUUGUUCUUGGUUGUGGAGGAAAAUCCUCAAAUGCAGGCCUAGGGCACAAGAUUUCAUGACUGGCAGUGGUGAUACCUUGCAAUGGAAUGAAGCCUCUCUUAAGAGGUAUUCAAUCAAGGCAAUAUGGGAUUCAAUACGCUCUCCUCAUCAGUUAGUUCCUUGGAGCAAAGUGAUUUGGGGCAAACCGUAUUAUCCCAAGCAUUCACUGUUAAUCUGGCUUGUGGUAAUGGGUCGUAUACAUACCAAAGACAAAUUACUUGCUUGGCGAUUGAACACUGAUGAUUUGUGUGUUUUAUGCCCAAGAGGAUCAGAAUCAUGUACUCAUAUUUUCUGCUUGUGUUCUUACUUGAUGUGGAUUUUGAAGCACAUAUGCAGCAGAUAAGCUGUGUGGUUCCCCCUUUCAAUAGUUGGGAGGAACACCUUCAAUGGAGUGUGGAUUGUUGGAGUGGCUCAAAUGAUUUGGCGAUUGCUGGACGAUUUCUAUGGCUUUUGACUCUGAGCCAUUUAUGGCGCGAGAGGUGCAUAAGAGUUGGUGGAGAUAGUGAUUGGUGCUCUCCUUCUACUUUGUUCCUAAAGAUUAAAAGUGAUGCUCGUUA